AUUAGUUCAUGUAUUUGUGAGUUGAGUUUAAGGAGUAGUUUGAUUGUGAUUUGUGAUACUAUUUGUGAAGUAUUGACAAAAGGUUUGAUGGUAUCAAUUAAUGAGUAUAGUAUCAGUCCUUUAAGAGUAGAGAGUAAAGAGAUAGAAUUGUGG